AUGCUAGAAGUUAAUACAAUCCUUGCCGAUGACGGAUAUAUUAACAAUUUGACUGUUAAUCGACUCAAAACGAUAGGUAAGGACGCAGAUGUUGGAGAAUAUAUUGAUUACAUUGAUAUCCAAGAUAAUCGUACUAGAUAUGUUACAGUGCAAGUCGCAUCCAAAGAACAAGCGAAAGAUUCCCGUGAUCGACUACUAUACUGGCAAGACAGUGAGAAACGUAUCCUGACUACUGAAGAUACAGGUAUCAUUGCCUACUCAUAUGGACUUCCUGAGGAGAACAUGAAGAUCAAGCGUGAGAUUACCUUUGAUGGCUCUGGCGAUGCGGCUCAGCCAGUUGAGAAAAUUGGUACAGGUGAUGGUGGAGCUAAUGAUCGAGCUAGAAUGGUUAACACAAAGUACAAUGGUGGAUACAAGCAAGUUUACAAGGCAUCUAACAAUGGACGAAUUCGGAGUGUUGACUUAUCGGAUGAUGGAAUUGAUAUGAAUUCAGAAAAUGGACGUAUUUUCAUUACAACCAAGGAGUUGACGGCAAUGGCUGAUGGUGGUCCCGUUAAGGUGGGGAACACCAAUGGUUAUAUUGAGAUUACAGCAGAUGGAACGUUUAAUUUCCAUGGUAAAGGAUUCAACUUCUCACAAACUAAAAUC